GGAAGAAUAUAUCAAAUACUUCCGGAGGUCAAACGGGUGAGAGUGGUUAUGAUUUUUGUGUGACAUUUCUUAUUUUCCAUAUUACAAGUUGUUAUAUACUUUGAAAACACACGUGGGUGGUUUGUCCUUGGACAGGAACUGAAAAGCAGCAGGGAUGGCUUUAUUGGGGAGUCUGAGACCAGCGUUGACAUCAUUUCUGCAUGUGUCUCAGUCUGUCUCCCAAUGGUCCGGACCUGCCCUCUCCAGAACUAUGGCUACGCUGAAUCAGAUGCAUCGCCGUGGAAAGCCAUCGCCCCCUCCCCCGAGUGUCAGUGCCAUGUUCGGCCGCCCCCAGCUGAAGGCAGUAAUCCUGAAGACAAUGAUCCGGAAACCCAAGAAGCCAAACUCGGCCAACCGUAAAUGUGCCAGAGUCCGCCUCAGUAACGGCAAGGAGGCAGUGGUGUUCAUUCCUGGGGAGGGACACAACCUCCAGGAGCACAACGUAGUGCUGGUGCAGGGGGGCAGGACACAGGACCUGCCAGGAGUCAAGCUGACUGUGGUCAGGGGAAAAUAUGACUGUGCCCAUGUUGUGAAGAAGAAAAAUAACUAAUGGGGACAUGGGAGAGGGCGGUGGGGUGGGAAUGUGUUUUUUGUUGUGUUUGCGUAAUACAUGUGUAAGUUUAAA